AAGUUUUCUAUUUUCUAUUUCAUCUUCCAAUUUAAUUACACAGCCCAAUUUCUCAUUUAAAUCAUUGUUGUUUCGUUAAACUAACGCGGUUGGGAAAAAACUCUUUCUGAUCCUACAAAUAGCAACAUUUACCUUAUAUAAUUUUUGAAUGUGUAAGAAUGAGACGCUCAUAUUGACAAUGAAUCUGUUAAAAGUUGUCGCCAUUGAAUUGCCAUUCGAAGAAAAAUUUGAAGAGCGUCAGGGAAUGUUCUUCAAGGAUAGUAAUACUAUGGCGUUCUAUAAUCUACUUAGUGGUGCCACUAUACAUCUACAAAUCAAAGAACGUCGUGGACGUAAAAAUAAAUGUUUAAAAUAUUACUUUCAAAUGCCACGUGGUGGACACUGAAAAAUUUCUACUAAAAUUAUUUACUUUACUUUAAGCGGUAAUAAAUAAAUAUAGUAUGCGUGACACUAUAAAUAUAAAA